AUGGUUAUGUCGUGCGUGAGCAAACAUCCCGAGAUAGAGAAUGUGAACUGGACAUACGACGGAUGGGAUGGGAAAUACCCAGCACCUCCUGGUGCCGCCAUCAUCUACACCUGCCGUCAACACUCGAGGUUCAUGGAUGGAUCGCUCAAACACAAUGCCACCUGCUCCUUCCAUCCUGAUGACGCAUGGGAAACUUCCUUUCGCGGGAAGGACGUUCGAUGCCGUGAUGAGAUAGCUUAUCCCGAAUGCCGACUGACGGAUAUGGGGAAGGAAUACAUGGGCACCGUGAACAUGACAGAGAGUGGAAGUCCCUGCCUUAGAUGGGAUUCCCCUGAGUUGACAUCGUCAUUCCGCGAAGUCAGG